ACAAACCAAAGAAGCUCCGAAGCCUCGAAUAAAAACAAAACAAAGCAAUGGCACAGCAUCAGCAUUCUCCUCAAAGGCCAAGAGAUCAGGACAACACACGGCCACAUGAUCAAUACGGCAUCGUUUUCAGCGUCUCCGGUGAUGACGUGGCAAGAAAGCAAGGCGAUAGUUUCUCUCAACCUGACCCAACGGUUGCGACGAUGGGAUCCGUAGACACGGUUACGAUUGGGGAGGCUUUGGAGGCUACAGCUUUGUCUCUUGGAGAUAAGCCUGUCGACCGUAGAGACGCAGCUGCGAUUCAAGCCGCCGAAACUAGAGCCACCGGUGAGUCUAAGGGUCGACCCGGUGGUCUUGCAGUAGCGGCUCAGGCGGCUGCUACUACUAAUGAACAGACGGUGUCGGAGGAAGACAAAGUGAAUAUAGCAGAUAUUCUCACAGUAAUGACAUUUUUAUAAUUUUGCUUUAUUUCGAUAACUGCAGAAACAUAAGGAUGCGGCGGAGAGGCUUCCCGGAGACAAGGUGGUGACAAGUGAAGAUGCGGAGGCAGUGGUUGGAGCGGAACUUAGAAGCAGUUCAGAGAUGAAGACAACUCCUGGUGGUGUCGCAGAUUCCAUGUCGGCAGGGGCAAGGCUCAAUCAACAACUCUAG